AUAAUUUUUAUCAUACGGUAAAAGAAUCCGCCUUGAAAUCUACAUAACAGGCCACCAUGGAUGAUUCCUUGUUGUCGAACGAAACCAACUCUUUCUCCGAUAAAAAGCUUGCUGUUAGAGUAGUAGUGGGUGCUACUUGUGUACUAUCAAUGCUAGGAGCAGUUUCAAUUCUCCUCUCUUAUGCUUGCAUCAAAAGUCUCAAAUCUCAAGGUAGAACAAUCCUCUUGAAUCUGAGUCUCAUGGACUUUGGAGUUGGACUCUUUAAUUUCUUGGGAGCUGUUAUCAAUUUUAAUCAGUACUACACAUAUUAUGAUCCAAAAACAGGACUGGUAACGGCGGACUCACACCCUACAGUUGAAAAGAUUUGCAUAUCUCAAGCAUUUUUAGCACAUUUCUGCACAGGAGCUUCUGUACUGUGGACAGCUUGGUUGGCUGUGUACAUGUACAUGCUGGUUUUUCAGGUCUACUUUGGAAGUAAAAAGUUCCUCUCGGUAGGUUAUGCUAUAUGUUAUGGAUUGCCUCUUGGCAUGUCAGUGUGGUUACUGAUGACAGAUAGGUUAGGAUAUUCCAUAUACAAUGAAGCAGCCUGGUGUGGGCUGAUUGUGAGCAAUAGUACAGCUCUUACUGGAUUACCUGAUUACUUUGCUAUUACAAUUGGAUAUGACAUCUGGAUUUAUUUGACUAUUAUCCUUACUGCUACUAUAUACCCAGUACUAUUCACAUACCUGCACAUUGAGUAUGGUCAAGCUCGUAAGCUGGUUGGUGGCAUUCAAUACUGGAGAGAAGCACUUGUUUUCCUUGAUGUCAAGCUAAUUGCAAUUCCCAUUGCUUUUGUGAUACUCAGGAUGUGGACUGCUAUUCUCAAUAUUCUCAUAAUAUAUGCAAUGAUACCACCAGACAAUAUACCUACAUCCAUCUCAACUGCAUUGAUAUACCUAUCAGGUAUAGGAGACUCUGGUCAAGGCUUUGUUAACGGAUUGCUGUUUGUUUUUUUGACUCGAGAGGUAAGAAAAAGACUUUUCUGCAAAAGAAGACACAAACAAGAAGACAAAAGACAACUUUUGACUUCAGAGAAUCAGAGGAUUCAUGGGAAUGUUAGAUGCAAUGAAAGACAACGCACCUAUUCACCUAGUGAAUCACUACGUGUAGAAAGUGAUGUUGACGGUUAAUGAAAAUGCUUUCAUGUUACAAUCAUGUGUAUUGGUGUGUAUUGUUGUAUUUUUGCUGUCACAAACUAACUCAA